UGUAUUUAUUGUUUCAGCACACAGCGGCAUCAGGGAUUGUCUUUGGAAUCCCUCUUGCAGUAACACCAAGGGCCGUGCAGAGUCACUGCAGCAAUGGCACCCAAGAAAGCUAAGAAGAGAGCAGGUGGAGCUAAUUCCAACGUCUUUUCCAUGUUUGAACAAGCCCAGAUUCAAGAAUUCAAAGAGGCAUUCACCAUCAUGGAUCAGAACCGGGACGGCUUUAUUGAUAAGUCAGAUCUAAGAGACACUUUUGCUGCACUCGGGCGUUUGAAUGUGAAAAAUGAAGAGCUUGAAGACAUGAUCAAGGAGGCUCCUGGACCAAUUAACUUUACCGUCUUCCUGACCAUGUUUGGUGAAAAGCUCAAGGGGGCCGACCCCGAGGAGACCAUCCUGAACGCGUUCAAGGUGUUCGACUCCGAGGGCAAAGGUCUCAAUUCUGGCUACAUUAAGGAGAUGCUGAUGACCCAGGGCGAGCGCUUCUCCAAGGAGGAGGUCGAUCAGAUGUUUGCCGCUUUCCCUCCAGACAUCAGUGGAAACUUGGACUACAAAAACCUCGUCCACGUCAUCACGCACGGCGAAGAGAAGGAUUAGGAGCUGAAGCGGGGCCAACUCCUUCUGCGCCCUAUGCUACUUUCCUCUUCACCUCUGGUUCCCGUUCAGGUCCCCGCUCCACCAGUCCCACCCGCCAAGCUUGGCCUGAUUGUUCCCACUGUCACCAUUUGCACUUGGUCCCAUUCUCUGGUUUUCUAUGCGGAGAAAUCUUGUUGUCCUUGGGGAAAUGCUUACCUGAAUGGCGUCUAAAUUAAAUGAUGCAUUUUGCAAGACAAAA